AUCUCGUGCAUAUGUUUUGGACAAAAACGUGUGUUUAACUGCGAUUUCUUGCAAUUCAGCCGUAAUUAGUUGUUGUAAAAUAUUAAUAAUUUAUUUUGUGUUUUUUUUAAAUAGUAAAAAUAAAUUAGCGCCACAAUGGCAAGUGGAAAAAAAGUUCUCCAGUUUCAUGAAAUGGAAUUGGACGAACGUCUACUGAAGGCUAUUUCGAAAAUGGGUUGGCUCCAGCCAACGCUUAUUCAAGAGGCAGCCAUACCUUUAUUGUUGGAAGGUAAGGACGUCGUAGUGCGUGCACGUACUGGUUCUGGAAAAACUGCUGCAUUUGCCUUACCGCUUUUACAAAAGCUUCUAAAUUCAAAAUUAAAUGCAUCAGAACAGUGUACCAGUGCACUGGUACUGUCACCCAGUAAAGAAUUAUGUCAGCAAACACGCACUGCAAUGGAACAAAUGGCCGAUAAAUGUGGGAAAGUGGUUCGCAUUGUAGAUCUUUCUUCUAGUGAUGUUGUCGCACAACGACAUGUGCUCUCAGAGCGUCCUGAUGUUGUCAUAUCAACACCGUCCAAAGUACUCGCACAUGUGCAAACAGGCGAUUUGGAUUUGAAAAAAAUUGAAAUGCUUGUGGUGGAUGAGGCAGAUUUGGUAUUUUCUUUUGGCUUUGAGAAGGAUUUUAAAAAGCUUGUAGAACAUCUGCCGCCAAUUUAUCAAGCAGUGCUUGUAUCCGCUACUUUAUCAGAUGAUGUGAUGAAUAUGAAAAAUAUUGUGCUACACAAUCCAGUAGUACUGAAAUUGGAGGAACCUGAUCUGGUGCCAGAAAGUCAACUUACACAUCAGCGCAUAUCUGCGGAAGAAAACGACAAACCUGCAAUAUUGUAUGCUUUGCUGAAACUGCGUUUGAUACGUGGCAAAAAUGUAAUUUUCGUAAACUCUGUGGACCGUUGUUAUAAGCUCAAACUAUUUUUGGAACAGUUUAAAAUAAAAUCAUGCGUACUCAAUUCGGAACUGCCAACAAAAAUUCGCAUACAUACCAUCAAUCAGUUUAACCAGGGUAUUUACGAUCUGAUAAUUGCAUCUGACGAGCGCAUGCUGGAAAAUCCUGGCCGCAAUAAAAGCGAUCGCGAAUCGGGCGCCUCUCGUGGUAUAGACUUUCAGUGCGUGGCGAAUGUAAUAAAUUUUGAUUUUCCCAUCGAUGUCAACUCGUACAUACAUCGUGCAGGACGUACGGCGCGUGGCACAAAUAAAGGCAGUGUCUUGUCACUCGUUAGCUUGAAGGAUAAAGAGGCGAGUGAUGCUGUUGAGGAGCGUUUGCGUAGCGGCUACAUGAGCGAGGAUCAAGUUAUCAAAAAUUACCAAUUCAAAUUGGAAGAAGUCGAGCCUUUCCGUUAUCGCGCACAGGAUGCAUGGCGUGCAGUUACACGCAUUGCCGUGCACGAGGCACGUUUGCGCGAAAUCAGAAUAGAAAUUUUCAAUAGUGAAAAACUGAAAGGUUUCUUCAAUGAAAACACGCGAGAUUUGCAAGUACUCCGCCAUGAUAAGCCACUGAAGACAGUGAAAGUGCAACCACAUCUUUCACAUGUGCCGGAGUAUAUCGUGCCCAAGGCACUUAAGCGUGUGGCAACAACAGCAAUAACACGCGCUCCCAAGCAGUCACGCGGUUAUCACUCCACGGCGAAAGCGGCUUACGAGAGCCAAAAGGAUAAUCCACUAUUGUGCAGCGAAAUCGAUUAUGGCCGCAAGCGCGGUGGCGGUAGAAGAAAAUGAUAUUUUUUUUUUUUUUAAGUUUUAGCUAUAAAAUAAAUUAAAGGAAAAACUAA